UCUUUACUUCUGAUCCCGCUUCGGAAUCAACGCGUGUUAUUAUUUCCCGUGCCAAGGGGAGGAAAACAAGGGCUCUGUGGAUUUAUUACGUUUUCGUUGCAACUUCUUGGAUUCGCGAUUUAAAACCCUUCCAGCCGGUUCUCGGGGAUACAUUUGGGGUCUCUGGAAUAUGACACGCCUCGCGUCUCAUGCACAGUAAUCGCAGCGCCGCUCGGAUCUCCAGCAGUGCUGCUUUUCAUGGGUUUGACUUUGGUGCCUGCUUGCACAUAGGUUUUCAGAUGCAUGCCAAGUUUACGUUGAAUGCCAGACGUCGAGAUCACUACAGAUGGAGCUAUCAAGUCAACAUGGCCCUAGCGGUUCAUUAGUGGUCAUACAGCAACCUUCUCUAGACAGCAGACAGAGGUUGGACUAUGAUCGGGAAAUUCAACCAACAACUAUUUUGUCCUUGGACCAGAUCAAAGCUCUUCGGGGCAGGAAUGAAUAUACAGAAGCCCCAUCUGUGGUAAGAAAGCAUGGGCCCAAAACUGUUCCUCGGCACAGUAAGCCGGAGAGGACUCAUGAGAUCAUACCAAUUAAUGUGAAUAAUAAUAAUGAGCACAGACCCGCUCACCUGGCUCACACUGGGCACCUGUAUAAUGGAAGGGUGCCCGUGCUCAGCAGGUCCACCAGCACUGGAAGUGCAGCAAGCUCUGGGAGCACAAACAGUGCCUCCUCUGAACAAGAACUUCUGGGACAGUCCCCACCGCCGAGGACGGGCUUGGGGCAUCGGACGGAGCGGGUAGUACGAAUGCAGCCCAAAACGUCUGCUUUGGUGGUAGAAGACUUAAAGAGCUCUGUGAAAGUAGACUCUACGCAGCACAGGUUUAUCUGUGAACAGUGUGGCAAGUGCAAGUGCACGGACUGCACUGCCCCAAGGACCCUACCGUCGUGCCUGGCCUGCAACCGCCAGUGCCUGUGUUCUGCCGAGAGCAUGGUGGAGUACGGCACCUGCAUGUGCCUGGUGAAAGCAGCCUUCUAUCACUGUUCCAACGAUGACGAGGGGGACUCGUGCGCAGAUAAUCCUUGCUCCUGUACCCAGUCGCACUGCUGCUCCAGAUACAUGUGCAUGGGGAUUAUGUCCUUGUUCUUGCCCUGUUUGCUUUGCUACCCGCCUGCUAAAGGAUGCCUAAAACUGUGCCGAGGAUGUUAUGACAGAGUUAAUCGUCCUGGCUGCAGAUGUAAAAACUCAAAUACCGUCUAUUGCAAACUGGAUGAGGUUCCCCGAGGGCUGGGCAAAGCUUCCUGAAUAGAAGAGGGCCCUUUCUCCCUGCCUUACGGACUAUUUGCUGUGUUUGCUUACACAUACAUACAUAUAUAUUUGUUUGUGUGUGUGUUCUGUAGUACCUCCACCUGUCAUCUUCUGCCUGGCCAGAAUCCCCAAAUCAAUGGGUGUUCUAGUUUCGGCAUCUGGCGGUUAACACCAUAUUAGUUAAAAGGUAAACCAGUCUCCCUGUUUCCACGUUCGCUCCCUUCCUUUCCUUUUUAACCUUGUCUCAUGGCAGAAACUUUU